UCGACGUCAAAUUGAUGUCAGUUACACAUAAUGGCGGUGGUAGUGUUAUUUGUAUCAGUGAUUGUAUCCGGUAAUGUUUUUUAGAAUAUGUUUGAAUUCGGACGUCUGAUAUUUGUGUGUUACCUAUGAGACUGUAAUUACCGCGACCAUUUAUAAUAUUUUAACUCAAUAUUCAUAAUGUGUUUUAUAUAUAAGUUGCGCUAUAAUUGCCGUUAGUUAUUGAAUUAAAGUGUCUAGAGCGAGUGUUGCGAACGGGCUUCGGUGUGAGGGUCGUGGCUCCCAACAGCCACGAUGGGGGCCCAGCAGGCAAAAGAACGCGGUUCUGCGAGCGGCGCCUCUAUUCGAUCAACACGGAAUAAGCCCCGUGUGCCAAAGGAUCCCCGUAUACUUGGCUCAAAUAUAUUCACUGAACAUAGUGAAGCGUUGCUGCAAAGUCGUCCGCUUCCCCAUAUACCAGAUUUACCAGAUGGGGAGGCAGCUGCACCACCAUUGCCACAACCAUUGGACUCGGCGAACAGAUGGACUUCCAAAGAAAAUCUAUUGGCGCAUCACGAAGAAGACGAUCCUCAGCUCUUCGUUGCGCUUUACGACUUCCAGGCUGGUGGAGAAAAUCAGCUGAGCCUGAAGAAAGGUAGGUUAUGUGAACAAGUGCGUAUAAUGAGCUACAACAAAAGCGGCGAGUGGUGUGAAGCGCACACGUUGGGCGGCGGUGUGGGAUGGGUGCCUAGUAACUACGUCACACCUGUCAACUCAUUGGAGAAGCACUCAUGGUACCACGGUCCUAUUGCUCGUAAUGCGGCUGAAUAUCUUCUAUCAUCGGGGAUCAACGGAAGCUUCCUUGUCCGUGAGUCUGAAUCGAGUCCCGGUCAAAGAAGCAUUUCCUUAAGAUACGAAGGACGCGUGUACCACUACCGCAUUAAUGAAGACUCCGAUGGAAAAGUGUAUGUGACGUCGGAAUCCAAAUUUGGGACACUAGCAGAACUAGUGCAUCACCAUUCAGUUCUUGGGGAUGGUCUUAUCACCCAACUGCUCUACCCUGCGCCGAAGCGAAACAAACCAACUGUGUUUCCCCUGGCGCCACCUGACGAGUGGGAAAUUGAUCGUACGGAUAUUGUGAUGAAGCACAAGUUAGGCGGUGGCCAGUAUGGAGACGUGUAUGAAGCGGCGUGGAAGAGGUGUAAUAUGACCGUCGCAGUUAAAACCCUAAAGGACGAUACUAUGGCUCUUAAAGACUUUCUCGAAGAGGCCGCCAUUAUGAAAGAGAUGAGACACCCGAAUUUGGUCCAACUUUUGGGAGUCUGCACACGUGAACCACCCUUCUACAUCAUCACAGAAUUCAUGAGUAGGGGAAAUCUCCUUGAUUAUCUUCGUACGGGAAACAGAGACCAUAUAGAUGCUGUGGUACUCAUGUACAUGGCCACGCAGAUCGCUUCGGGUAUGAGUUAUCUCGAAAGCCGAUCUUUCAUUCACAGAGACUUGGCGGCCCGCAACUGUCUCGUUGGUGAGAAUCACCUAGUGAAGGUGGCCGAUUUUGGUUUGGCGCGUCUCAUGCGUGACGAUACAUACACUGCCCACGCUGGUGCCAAAUUCCCUAUUAAAUGGACAGCUCCAGAGGGCCUGGCGUACAACACGUUCAGCACCAAAUCUGAUGUUUGGGCUUUUGGUAUACUUCUAUGGGAGAUUGCGACGUACGGAAUGUCACCGUACCCCGGCGUCGACUUGGCUGAUGUCUACCACAUGCUUGAGAAGGGCUACCGCAUGGAAUGCCCUCCCGGAUGCCCAGCGGCUGUUUACGAGCUGAUGCGUGGAUGCUGGCAGUGGAAUGCAUCCGAUCGCCCAUCAUUCCGCGAAAUCCACCACGCCCUGGAGCAUAUGUUCCAAGAUAAUUCUAUUACUGAGGAAGUGGAAAAACAGCUUCAGGAGGGAUGUACAGGAACGCCUCAUAUGUCGUUGAAGAAGGCUAGUAGCAUCGGGGCGCAGACAUCAGGCGAUCGUGGCGUUCAAAUGCGUCGCCCGACUAACAGGCGCGGCAAGCAGGCACCUCAGCCACCCAAACGUACCAGUUUGUUGUCAUCAUGCAGCUCAUUUCGCGAGUCGCAGUAUGCAACCGAGGAGCAAACUCACGACGAUGGGCUGGCUUCUUUCAAUGGUGGGGGUCGGGUUGGGGCUCGUGAGGCGUCAUCGGAGGGGUCUUUGGCAGAAGCAACUCCAGAUACUGAUGAGUCAGCGGGCGCUGUAGGCAUGAGCUUGGGGGCAUCGGAACAUCGUCACAGGCCGAAGCGUCGCCACCACGGCCAUGGCCCUUCACAUCAACAUCAGACAUCGCAUGACGUCCCUAAGCAGGGUGUACAAGUAGCAGCGCUUGAAGUUCAGAACGUGAAACGCGCAAUAAAUCGCUACGGAACACUUCCGAAAGGCGCUCGCAUCGGAGCCUAUUUGGAGUCGCUUCGUCAAAGUGGCGCCCCCUGCGCUCCGAGCUCGCCUCGCGAACCCCAUCAAGAUGAAGCUAGAUCUCUAUCGCCUAAAACUGCCAGAUCUCAACCCCACAUGAUACGAUCAAAUUCUUCGGGAGGUGUAACUGCCCCUACGCCGGCUUCGCCCAGAGCGGCGCGCGCGGCUCCCCCUCUUAGAUCAUUCACCAACAGUCCUAUCAAACCCCGACCAAGGCUUGCUGAAUUAGAGUUUCCCCCUCCUCCCCCAGACCUUCCCCCUCCGCCCGAAGAUACACCGCAACCACCCCCACCGCCCCCACCACCAGAUUGCUGCAACGCCGGCACCGACACGGCGGACAGACUAGAAACACCCACCGAAAUGGAAGAAAAACCAGCAAAACAAAUCAUGAAGGAAAUGCUCGAACUGAAGCUGGUCGCGGAAAUCAAAGAGCGCGCCGACAAGAAGAAGCAGAAACUCAAGGAAUCACCCCCUCAUGAAAUCCUCGAGAUGCACACAUCGUUCGGUGACCCUGUCACGAGAUUAGUCUCCGAAUUGUCGGAGAGCUUAAACAUGGAAGCCCUCCGAAAGGGUGACAAGAAAGAGUCCAAACCCGAGACAAAAGAAAAGGUCUCCCCAAUUGAUCUCAAAGCGAGUCUCAGGAAGACAUCGUACAACAAUAAUAUUGACAAAAAACCUGGUCUCGACACUAAGACCAACACAGACUUCAAGUCGCAACUUAAAAAGGUUGAGACCAACAGAGUAAACAAUACAAAGGAAUCAGACGAAUCUGGCAGAUCCAUAAUCGAUUUCAAAUCACGUUUGCGGAAAGUCGACAGCACUUCGCCUUCUACUAACGGCCAACUAAAGAAAGUUGAGAAUUCUCCGGAAGAUUCUAGAAAAGAUCUUUCGAGUAAAAGUGAUGAUUCUGAUAAGAAGAGGUCCGAGAGUGGAUCUUUAGAUACGAGUGGUGGUGAUGAAGAUGAUAAACGCCGUAGCACGGGCAGCAUAAGUAGCCUUAAGAAGCUAUGGGAGAAUAAAGAGAGUGAUGAACGCUUGAGUCCUAAAAUGAAGCCAAAAGAUGAGAUAGAAGAUGGAUCUCCUGAUGAUAGGUCAGGGCUAGGCCGAUGUGGAAGUUUGCAAACUCGGCGUGAUGAUAAGCCAGCGGUGGCUAGUAAGCCGUCCAUACGUGGUCGGCCUUUGGGGAAAGGUGGUAUUUAUGCCACCCCUUUGUCUGCAAAUGCAGACAGUGAGGAUAACGACUCUCUUGCUGCGUUAAGAAUGUCUUUGGAAUGCUGCACGAAUGAGGUCCGUCGUGGCUGCGGCGGAAGCGGCGGUCGUGGAUCGUUAUGGCGUCUCCAAACGUCCGAGCGACUUGCACGCCUAAGCAGUGCGUGUAUGUCUGCAGCUUCUGCUAGCAGGUGCGCACCACAAUUGCGCGUGCAGCUAAGAGCUGCCGCUACGCGAUUGGAAUGUGAGGCUAGAGCCCUGGCUUCACCGGCGCCUCAUCAUCAUCACCUGGCUGAUGGAGUGGAACAAGCACUCAGGGAUCUCGCUAAUAUUGUGCAUAGAUAAAUUCGCUUUUUUUCGACUGCCACUUGAUUACAUCACAUCAAGCAACACUUGCUACACUAUUCUUUAUAUUUUGUAUUAUUAACAAAUGCAUUGAGAUUUUUUCUUUAUAUUGUAUUAAUAUUUUAAAAGAUAAUAUUAAGACUUAAAAUGUCGCGCUUAAGCCUUCAAGCUGUAUGGAGUUCUGAAGUAACUUAUUUAAAAUGUGUAAUUAAUGAAACAUUCGUGUGACUUGUUUAGAGGAGACAGAGUACACACAUUUCUGUGUCUAUGGGCAGUUGAUAUGUGCCUACCAUAAAGUUAUAGAUUUGACCUCGAUCAUCGCAAUUAAUUAACUAAGCUACGAAGGCAUACAUACUAGCGUCUAUAAACUACAUAAUACAUACUAUCGUAAUAUAUAUUUAUAUUAGCGUCAAGUUCAUAAA